AGACGACGACGACGAUCUUCAUAAGUUCUAGCUAUGGCGAACUUCGAUCUGGAUAGUGGAGGCGGAGCAACAAAGAUCAGAUCCACCAACCAUCACUAUUAUUAUUACCCUCCUUCCUACUUCCUCGACUCCACCGAGAGGCAAUGGACGCCGUGGCUAGUUCCGAUGAUCUUAGUUGCUAAUAUUUCCAUGUUCAUAGUCAUUAUGUUCGUUAACGAUUGUCCCAAGAACAAUUUAGGGUUUCAUGGUGGUGAAUGUGUUGCUACUUUCCUUGGCCGACUUUCAUUUCAACCUCUUAAGGAGAAUCCCCUGUUCGGACCCUCUACUUCAACAUUGGAUAAAUUGGGAGCUUUGGAAUGGAGAAAAGUGCAUCAAGGGUGGAGGCUUUUCUCUUGUAUGUGGUUGCAUGCUGGUGUUUUUCAUCUUCUUGCUAAUAUGUUAAGCCUUGGUUUCAUUGGUGUCCACCUUGAACAACACUUUGGAUUUGUUCGAGUUGGGACAAUCUACAUCUUGUCAGGAUUCGGUGGUAGCAUUCUUUCUUUACUAUUCAUUCAUCAAGACAUAUCCGUUGGUGCUUCUGGUGCUUUAUUUGGCCUUAUUGGAGCAAUGCUCUCUGAACUUCUCACAAAUUGGACCAUUUAUACAAAUAAGGCUUGUGCCUUGUUAACCAUGUUCACCAUAAUUGCUGUCAAUUUGGCUCUAGGAAUUCUUCCCCAUGUUGACAAUUUUGCACAAAUUGGAGGAUUCUUAACUGGUUUUCUAUUGGGCUUCACUUUACUACUACGCUCAGUUGAGUCUUCAGAUGAUCGUGUUGAAUCUAAGCAUACUGUCUUCCAAUGGGUCUCCUUUUACAUUUCAUGGUUUCUACUUAUUGGCGGGUUUAGUAUUGGUUUGGUGAUGUUGUUUAGAGGGGAGAAUGUAAAUCGACAUUGUAGUUGGUGCCAUUACAUGAGCUGUGUUCAUACCUCCAGAUGGAACUGUGGAAACUAAUGGUUGGUGCAGGAAUAUUUUUUUAAAUAAUUUUUUUUUUUUUACUUUUUUAGCUAU